UAUCACCACAAGCAUCUUUAGUAAGUUAUGAAUCACGAACAAGGUCAUUAGAUCUGAACUAUUCACACAAAUCCGCAUGCUGUAUAGUAGCAAUGCUAUGUAAUCUUCAUAUCAUAUCAUGCUUGAAACACGCACACAAUAAAUCAGAAAGCAAAGGCUGACAUUUGUAUUAUCGCCAGCUGAGUUCCGUCUCAUUUACUUCUAUAUGGUAGCUCACUUUUGUUACGACAGUGCUGUGAGUAGUACUGUCGAUAAUUUUGUAUUUAUUUUAUAUUUAUUUCAAGGUUACAUUUUCUUUUAUAUUAUUUUCUACGGCAAAAUCUAUGCAUUCACAUAAAAACGUCUAUGAAUUCAUUAGUGAAGUCAAAUUGUUUUCAUUUUUUAACAAAACUCAAAAGAUCAUCAAUAUAACCUAACCAAAGUACAACCAAGAAAAUCAUUUGUAGUGAAUUUACAAGUUAUGUCUCAACUUGAUCAUGCAAUCUAAAUAUUAAUUAUUAACACAACAGAGUAAAUAAGGUUACUUUCAAUGUUGUUCAUGUCAUUAAAUGUAUGAAUCAAUGAAUAAAAACAUUUUCGUGAAAAUAACACUCAACAGCCAUUUUCAACUAAACUUGAUUAGCAUUAAAUAGUAUUUGAAUAUCUAAUGGAAUGCCAAGUGACAAUCACACACUAGUCAGCCUUACAUACAUUCACAGUUAGAAAAAAUUUCAGAAAGAGUAUUCAACUAUUUCAUCAGUUUCCAAAUUACCUAAUAAGAUACCAAAUAAUUGUGAUCUUCAAUAUUAUUCCAAGCAACAUCAAAAGUGAAAGUGUACUUAUUUUUAUGUUCAGUGUACUUACAUAUGUUAUGCAAUAACCACGUCAAGAUAAAUCCAUCAUCAGCAGGUACUUAGAGAUCAUUUUGGAUCAAUUACCUGUGGAGCUAAUGUCCAGUUCAAUAUUACCAUGGACGCAAGCAAGGCAAAAGUUCAUCCAAAUCCCCGAGAGAAGUCAAACAUUUUAUCAGUGUUAUUCUGGACUUGGACACUUAAGUUAUUCAGAACUGGAUACUCGAAAAUUCUAGGUCCUGCCGAUCUGUUUGACCCAUUGAAAACUGAUCGAUCUGGAGUUCUUGGCGAUCGACUGGAGAAACAAUGGUUCCUGGAAUUAGAAUCUAAGAAGAAGUCAAAAAAGAGGCCGAAUUUUUUAACAACAAUUUUCCGGUGUUUUAUGUGGGAAUACUUUAUCUAUGGCGUUCUUCAUACAUUCAAUGAAUUCAUUUUGAGAAAUUCUUAUUCCAGGUUAGGAACCCCCAUUCUUUUAGGAAGACUUCUGAGAUAUUUUCGAGAAAGUGGUGGAGUGACUUACAAUGAUGCGCUGAUGUAUGCAGGAGGUAUUUGUCUAGCAACAGGAAUCAAUGCAAUUACCAUUAACCAAUCAAUUUUCGGAGCAUUCUACCUGGGUGGUAAAAUAAGAAUAGCUGUUUGUUCAGUAGUUUAUCGCAAGGCGCUAAGAUUAAGCACAACUGCUUUUGGCGACACAGCACCUGGUAAAGUUGUAAAUUUAAUCGCUAAUGAUGUCAAUCGAUUCGAUUUGGUAUCAGUAUUCAUUCAUCACAUGUGGUCUGCCCCACUUGCAGCACUGAUAAUUGGAUAUUUUUUAUACGUCGAAGCUGGUUACGCUGGCAUACUGGGAAUAGCAGCUGUUUUUGUUGUGGUUCCUAUCCAAUCGUAUACAGGAAAAUUAUCAUCAAAAUUCCGACUUCAAACUGCUAUAAAAACUGAUGAACGAGUGAGACUAAUGGAUGAAAUAAUAUCAGGAGUUCAAGUAAUUAAGAUGUAUGCUUGGGAAAAGCCUUUCUGUGUUAUGGUAGCAUUAGCUAGGAAAUUGGAACUUAAAGUAGUACAAAAGUUCUCUUGGAUACGUGGAAUUUUCAUGACUUUUAAUUUAUUUACAACAAGAGCAGCUAUCUAUUGUACACUUGUAGGAAUGAUGUUUUUUAGUCAACAAAUAACUGCCGAAAAAGCAUUUGUAUUCUCUUCCUUUUUUAAUAUUCUUGCCCAUACAAUGUCAGCAAUGUUCGUUCGUGGUGUUGCUGAAAUUGCCGAGUGUAUUGUAGCAGUGAGACGUUUACAGUAUUUUUUGAUGUAUGAUGAAGUUGGUCAAUUAAAUAAAUUGACUUAUCCUGACAGAUCAUCAGUUAUUGAUGAAUCAAAUCCAGAAGAGAAACGCUUAAAAUCAGAAAUUCCGUACAUUGAUGAUGAUAAUGCUGAUGUUAUAGAAAAGGCAAAACCGAAUGAAAAUGUAACAACAGCAGUGGAUCUGGUAAACUCAAUAAAUCAUGUAGCGAAUCAUAAGCCAGAUGGUGAUAACUGGGCUGUGAGGAUUAUAAACGCGACAGCAAAAUGGGAGCCAAGUAGUCAAGAAAAUACUCUAAAUAAAGUUACCAUCAAGCUGGAACGAGGAAAACUGUAUGUCGUGAUUGGAGCAGUAGGAGCUGGCAAGAGUUCACUUAUUUCUGCAAUUCUUGGUGAACUUCCACUAGCAGAAGGAAGCAUAGAAGUGCGUGGUGGGCUGAGUUAUGCUGCUCAAGAAGCUUGGGUUUUUGGCUCGACCGUUCGGCAAAAUAUUAUCUUCGGACAACCGUACGACCGCCAACGCUACCAAAAAGUCGUCAAAGUUUGUGCACUACUGAGUGACUUCAAACAAUUCCCCCAAGGCGACCAGACAAUAGUCGGAGAAAGAGGAAGCUCAUUGUCAGGAGGACAGAAAGCAAGAAUCAAUUUAGCUCGUGCUGUAUAUCGUCAAGCAGAUCUCUAUAUCUUAGAUGACCCACUGAGUGCUGUUGACACUCACGUGGGCAAGCAUCUAUUUGAAGAAUGUCUAGAGAGAUAUUUAUCAGGAAAAACAAGAAUCCUCGCUACUCAUCAGCUCCAGUACAUUAAAGACGUCGACGGCAUUAUCCUACUUGAACAUGGAUCCUCCAAAAUGUUCUCCAACUACGUCGACCUUCUCGCUCAAUGUCCAGAGUAUGCUACUCUUCUAGCCUCUGACUCAUCACAAGAUACCGAUGAAUCUUUCUCCGAAAAAAGCAGUAUGCGUCGACAGUGGUCUAGUUUAAGUAAUCGCAGUAGAACUCCUGAUCCUAGUGGUGCUGAUACUGAUGCUGAAGAUGACGACGAAAAGAAUGUUGAAAACGACAAUCUGGAAGGAACGUCAAGAGGAGUUAUUCAAGGAUCGAUUUUUAUCAAAUACUUCACAUCUGGAGGCAACUGGUGUUUUGUUAUUACUGUUGCUAUCUUCUUCGUAUUAACUCAGUUUUUAGCCAGUGCUAGUGAUUUUUUCGUUCCGAUUCUCGUGAACGAAGAAGAGUCUCGUAACAAAGACUUUAUUGUUUCCAAAAACUUCACUUCUUCUCCAAUCGGUUAUAUACAAAAUUAUGACAUUAACCCAGCUAUUCUCUAUGUUUACAUCUACACUGGACUGGUUUUAUCAAUUUUCAUUGUUGGAAUCACCAGAUCUUUGCUUUUUUACGUUUUGUGUGUUCGCAACAGUCAAAGCCUUCAUGACCGAUCCUUUGGAGCUCUUAUAAGAACGAGUAUGCGAUUUUUUGAUACGAAUCCUAGUGGAAGAAUAUUAAAUAGAUUCUCUAAAGACAUGGGAGCUAUCGACGAAUUACUUCCGAAAGCUCUUCUCGAUGCUGGGCAAAUAAUUUUGAUGAUGUGCGGAUCAUUAGUUGUCGUUUGUGUUGUAAAUCCAGUUUUUCUGAUUCCACUAUUUGUGAUUGCGUUUAUAUUUUACUGUAUUAGAAAGGUUUAUUUAAAAACUAGUAAAAAUAUCAAGAGACUCGAAGGAAUGAUGAGAUCACCGGUAUUUACUCAUUUAAAUGCAUCGAUAAAUGGACUAACAACUAUCCGAGCUUAUGGAGCUCAGCAGAUAUUGAAAUUCGAGUUUGAUAAAUUUCAAGACGUUCAUACUUCAUCAUGGUAUAUGUUUAUAGCAACCAGUACAGCCUUCGGCUUUUCUUUAGACAUUUUUUGCUUUAUCUUUACGACAAUUGUUACUUUUACUUUUAUUCUGCUUGAUUUCGGAAUAUCUGGAGCUGAAGUAGGUCUUGCUAUAACAACAGUAAUGUCGAUGACUGGAAUGAUUCAAUGGGGAAUGCGUCAAGGUGCUGAAGUAACGAAUCAACUGAUGUCGGUAGAGCGAGUUUUAGAGUAUUCACUUUUACCGCCUGAGGAGAAUAUUGCAGAAGAUAAACCGACCAAGAAGGAUAAAAAAAAAGGGUUACAAGUGACGUCAAAAACAGUACAUGCACCAGAAAAUUGGCCAACAGAGGGAUGCAUCAAGUUCCAGAAUGUAUUCAUGCGUUAUUCCGAGGAAGAGCAACCGGUACUUAAAGGACUUGAAUUGGUGAUUAAACCUAGAGAGAAGGUCGGGAUUGUUGGGAGAACAGGUGCCGGUAAAUCUUCAUUGAUCUCUGCUCUGUUUCGUUUGGCCAAGGUCGAAGGAGUCAUUGACAUCGAUGGAGUGGAUACUGGAUCUAUUUAUUUAGAAGAGUUGCGUAAAAAAAUCUCUAUUAUACCUCAGGACCCUGUUCUGUUCUCUGGAACCCUGAGGAAGAAUUUGGAUCCGUUCAACGAAUUCCAAGAUUCUCUGCUCUGGGCAGCUUUAGAAGAAGUCGAGCUGAAGGAGGCUUUCACUGGAUCUAAUGGUUUAGAGUCACGGGUAUUUGAUCGUGGUACAAACUUUAGUGCCGGCCAAAGACAGCUGGUCUGUCUUGCUCGAGCUAUUCUUCGAAACAACAAAAUUCUUAUGCUUGAUGAAGCCACAGCUAAUGUCGAUCCUCACACUGAUGGUCUCAUCCAACGUACCAUUCGUAAAAAGUUUGCCAACUGCACUGUACUUACUGUCGCACAUCGACUCAACACCAUCAUGGACAGUGACAAAGUCCUGGUGAUGGAGAAGGGACGAAUGGUCGAGUUCGAUCAUCCCUACAUCCUGCUUAAAAAUGACUUUGGCCAUUUUACCUCACUCGUCAAAGAAACCGGUCGUGCUAUGACUGAACAGCUCACUCGCAUUGCAAAACAAGCAUACGAAAAUAAAAAUAACGAUCAGCUAUAGUGCCAAAUUACUAGCUUCUGUUUACUUAAACACCCCCUUAAUUUAUUCUCUUUAUUUUAACACCUAGUUCUUUCGUCUGGUCUUAUGAUCACCUAUAGCAAGUUCUGAUCUUUUCUGUAUGGAUUAAAAAAAUAACCAUUGACUUUGUGUUUAUUCUAAUGCUCAAGAAUUGCAAAGAAACGAAAGUCGAUCAUUUUCAUAUUCUCUUUUCCUUUCCAUUAAUUAUACAUUGCUUGGAUAUGAAUUUUUCUUAUAACUUUCUACAGAUGUUCAUGCUAAUACGUUAAACAUUACAUUCAAUGAUGAAAAAAUGUAAAUAGAUAGAUACAUAUAAAUCUAAUCAGAGUGUCAUUUGAGGACAUUUCUUAAAUACAAGGUAUUAUUUGAGGACAUUUGUAUAGUUUUGGGACAGUCCCCAAAAAAAAAUCAUGUAUCCAACGUAUUAUUUUAGCCACUGGUCUAUAUACGAGGUAUUAUUUGAGGACACGACGUUGCCACGUUGUCAUGAAAUUUUUUUGUUUUUUGAAAAAAAAAGGUGAAAAUGAGGGCAAAGGUACACUCUAAUUGCAUACGCUGUACUUGCAGAGUUAUUUUUUUUCUUUAACCGUGCGGCCGGAGCCUGCACGGGAAUUUUGCAAAUCGAGAGGGGGAUACCAGUCCCCUGUCUCCAAAUAAUACAUUAGAUGGAUUUAUAUAUAUACAUUUAUAUAAAAAUUAUGAUCUAUAAAACCAUAUAUAUUUAUGUCAUCAGUAAUAUAUUUUUAAAAACAUAAGUUAUUUUUAUAAAAGUUAUUAUAGAAAUGUAAUUAAUUAUAAAUCUUUUAAAUUAUCUCAUGUUAAUUGCAAAAGUACUUGGAAAACGUAUUACUUAUUACAAAGAAAAAAAAAGUAUGCAUGGAUGUAUAAAUAUUUUAAUCAAUAAAAAUUAUGAUCUUCUUAUUUAAGCUUAAAAACAAUCAAUCAAACAAGUGCCUUAGUUAAUGUAAUAUUUUACAAAUAAUUUAUUUUUUAAAAAAUGCAUCGCCAAAGUUCUUAUGUUUUUGCUCUUUUUGUUAUUUUAUUUUUAAUUCUAUUAUUAUC